AUUGAUUACGAAAAACAAAAGAUGUCGAUGCCUACCGCGUACAAGACUACGAAGGAAGAUGUCAUGGACUGACACUGCGCACAAAAGCAAGAGGUAAAUAAACUAUAAAUAUGUACCCAUAAGUUUAACUUCAAACCAAGAGCAAAACCAUAGAACUUUCAUACAAGGCGUCGUCUGCAUUGCUGGUACAUACUCGCGUUUAUAUUACGAAACAGAUCAAACGACCAUGAAUCCAGCUGGGACGAACAGGAUUGCAGUUGUAACGGGGGCCAACAAAGGGAUCGGAUUCGAGAUAUCUAAACAGCUAGCCUCAAAUGGAAUCAGGGUGAUAUUGACUGCGAGAGAUGCGAAGAGGGGCAAUGAAGCUGUUGAAAAACUCAAGGCUGCUGGAUACUCAGAUGUGGUCUUUCAUCAACUUGAUGUGACCGACCCAGCUAGCGUUUCUUCUUUGGCCAGUUUCAUAAGUACCCAGUUUGGUAAGCUUGACAUAUUGGUAAAUAAUGCUGGGGUUAAUGGAGGCAUAGUAGACCCGGAUCAUCAAAAGAACCUAAUACUAGGGUUUGAUAAAAUAAUGGGUGAAAAUGCCAUGUCCUUUAGGAAAGUUAUGAGGCAAACAUACGAACUUACUAUGACUUGUCUACAAACAAAUUAUUAUGGGAUCAAGCUAGUUUGCAAAGCUCUGAUUCCACUUCUACAAUUGUCUAAUUCACCAAGAAUAGUAAAUGUCUCGUCCAUCUUGGGACAACUACAGCUUAUUUCGAAUGAGAAUGCAAGGAAGGAGCUAGGAGAUGUAGAUCAACUCACAGAAGAGAAAGUGGACAAGGUGGUGGAAGGGUUUGUAGAAGAUGUCAAGGAGAACCUGAUAGACGUCAAAGGCUGGCCUACAAAUUAUUAUGCUUAUAUUGUCUCCAAGGCAGCUCUCAAUGCUUAUGCAAGAGUUCUGGCUAAGAACUAUCCUAACAUUGCCAUUAAUUCGGUUCAUCCCGGUUACGUAAAGACGGACCUUAAUCACAACUCCGGGGUGACGACUGCUGAAGAAGGAGCUAAAGGUCCUGUAAUGCUGGCUUUGAUGCCUGAAGGUGGACCUUCCAACCUCUUCUUUGACCAGACAGAAGUGUCAACCUUUUAGCUGAUAUCUGAUACAGUACAUGAGUGCAGUACUCGUAGUUUGUUCAGUUCAUGCAAUUUGGUAUAUGUUAUUUUUUUUUUUACUUGGAGUGGAGAAUGAAUAAAAGCUAACCAACCAUGUUCAGGUUAAGCCUAGUAUAUUGCAAUUUGUUUUUACGUUGUAAUAUUUUAAGACUAAUAUAUG